CCCAAUUUGAACACUACUUUCUGCACAUACCUUCAAAUAAUUUCUGGGUGAUCGUUCCAAUCACGAUGGAUCUCUGUCCGCCCGCUGCAGACUCUCCUGCGUUGUCUCCGACCUGCGCCGAGAACAAGUUAAAGCUCGUCUGCCAUUUCAGCGCUGGUCCGCAGCUCCUCAACCACGACCAUACCGAUGCUCAGAGGGUGUCCGUAACCCUGCCUGCUCACUGCAGCGUCCACCAGCUGAGGAUGCACAUCUCCAUGCAGGUGCAGAACUUCCAUCCUGAUCCCCUUGCGAUACUGGAUCCAGAGAGGUAUACCUUGCUAUAUUGUAAGGUGGACGACUGGUACGAGGUCUACGACGACUGUCAGAUCAUCAGGACACUAAACAUGCCGUGGUGGUAUGACGACGCUGGACUACGAACAGCCCACAUGAUGCUGAAGGAGACGGUGACAGUGGAUUCAGAGUCCAAGCAGAAGCAACAACACUUGUUGGCCUUCCUAAUGGGGCACAAUCUGGAGGAAGAGGUAUCGGACAGACUUGGCGAGCUGGCAUACACCCGCAGGAAAUUGGCAUCUUUGAGAAAAGAGGAGCUGAAGCAUCGAGACGAAACGUUGUACACCACAGAGCCUUGGAUCGCAAACACUCCGGUGCAAGACGACUUAAAGCACCUGCUAAACAGAAAGCUCCCAAUCACCUUACAUUACAUGAAUCAGAUCAGCUUCAGUAUACAAGUCGAUUAUACCGCAACACCUGAUAUCCUUCUGAAAUUUUUUGAACGAGUCAUGACAGAGCAGAAGCAAGACCUUCAUGACACUAUGGUGCUGAAAGUAUCAGGAAGAGAGGAGUUCAUAUCCGGGGACUACCCUCUGAGAGACUUCCAAUGGGUGCGACAGUGCUUAAAAGACAAUCAAGACCUCCACCUGUCUGUGGUCCCUAUCUCGCAGCUUGUCAAGGAGAUGGUCCAGUUGGAGGACUUGCCGCUUGUGGACGCUUUCAGCGGUAGAUUUAUGUCCCAUGAGGAUAUGUGCUUGAAAGGGAAGGAUUCGGAAGACGUCUUCAUGAUAUCUCUGUGGGACUGCAACAGAAAGUUUCGCGUCAAACUUGUCGGUAUCGACGUUCCGAUGAUGCCCAGGAAAUCCCUGCAAUCUGUUUUUGUGGAAGCGUCGAUACUUUACGGCAAUAGGGUUCUCUUGUCGGUAUCUUCACCUCCUAAACUCUUCACAGAUGAAGUCCUGUGGAAUGAAUGGCUGGACUUUGAUGUGUUCCUGAAGGAUCUGCCACACGGAGCCAAGCUGGGCUUCACUAUUAACGCCAGCAGCAAUGACAACAAGGAUGCAAAGUCGGCUUCAAAAAUGACCGAUGUGUCGAAAGGGAGGGCAAAAGUGCUUUACUUUGUCAAUCUUCUCUUGAUAGAUCACAGAUCGGUCCUCAGACAGGGAUCCAUAACGCUACACAUGUGGUCUCACCAUGACCAGGAGGAUGGGGCCAUCACCUACCAAGCAGACAAGCUGUCCUGCGCUACGAACCCGGAUAGUUCCAACUCCAUGGCCAUUACCUUCCUUCUUGACCGCUACAGCUACCCCGUGGUUCUCCCAAAGUGCUUCAGCCACACUCCCAGCACUGCCCCGUCUGAUUCUGCCUGCGCACCCAUGCAGGACAAAGCAAAUGAGCCUGAUACCUUCAGACGUCUUUCUCAAGACAUUUACCCGAAGAAGGCUCUCAUAAAAAGAUUUAGGGAGAAGAGCGUUUGCUACGGUCCUAACCUACCUAAGUUCCUCCGCAAUGUGGACUGGAUGGAUAGCAGAGUGGUGGAGGAUGUCCACUGGUUGCUGAUAAACUGGGACCCGGCAGAACUGGAUGUGACCGUGGCCCUGGAGCUGCUGAGCAUGGACUUUGCUGACGAGGCGGUCAGGAGUUUAGCGGUCCAGAGACUAGAGAGCCUCUCCAAUGACGACGUUCUAAAGUAUUUGCUGCAGUUGGUGCAGACCCUCAAAGUGGAAGCCUACCAUGAUAGCGUCCUCGCUCGCUACCUCAUCAAAAGAGCCUUAAGGAGCAAGCGCAUCGGCCACUUCUUCUUCUGGUACGUGCGCGGCGAAGUGACGGCGUGUCCAUAUUUUCGCCAGCGCAUGGCCGUGGUUUUGGAGGCGUACCUGCUCGGCUGCGGUCAGGCCAUGCUGGACGGCUUUGCUCGGCAGGUACAGGCCGUGAAUGCCCUGCAGGAGGUCGCCCUCCUGAUGAAGAGCCUUUACCCUGAAAAAACGGUCCUUCCCCCGACAGCUACACUCAAGCUUCGACAACUUCUCCAAGACAACACUCUGCCUGAAUUCCUGCUGCCUUUGGACCCUCGCGUUAAAGUGGGACGGAUUCUGCUGGAUAAAUGCAAGGUGAUGGCGUCGAAGAAGAAACCGUUGUGGUUGGAGUUCGCCGCCAUGCCGUCACCGACCUCUGCUCCACCUGUUGGAAUCAUUUUCAAACAAGGGGAUGACCUCAGACAGGACAUGCUUGUUAUCCAGACAUUGAUGGUGAUGGACUCCAUCUGGCAGGAGCAGUCACUGCAUCUUAACCUGGUUCCAUAUGGCUGCAUUUCCACGGGGCACAACAUAGGUAUGAUCGAGGUGGUACGUGACGCGGUGACCAUCGCUGCCGUCCAGAGGAGCCACGGAGGAACCAUCGGACUCUUCAGAGACGACGCGGUCUUUGAGUGGCUCAAAUCCAAGUGUUCGCUCCAGGAAAUUCACUUCAAGACCGUGGAGCGCUUUGUCAAGUCCUGUGCCGGGUACUGUGUGGCCACGUAUGUGCUGGGUAUCGGGGACCGUCACAAUGACAACAUCAUGAUAACAGAUCAAGGCAAUUUGUUCCACAUCGACUUUGGCCACAUCCUAGGUAACAGGAAGCACUUCCUGGGAGUGAGCAGGGAGCGUGUCCCGUUUGUCCUCACGCCCGACUUCCUGUACGUCAUGGGCCGGGUCAAAGGUCGCAGUAGCCUCUACUUUCAGUGCUUCAGGGACACGUGUGUGCGGGCCUACCUGGCGCUGCGUUCUCACUCUGGCCUGCUGGUGACGCUCUUCUCCCUCAUGCUGCUCACUGGCAUGCCUGAGCUGAGCGCCGCAGAGGACAUGCAGUACCUGCGGGAGGCGCUGCAGGAGGACAGGAGCGAGGCGGAGGCCCAGGAACAUUUCCUCCAGCAGAUUAGCAAGUGUGAGCAGCUGGACUGGACCGUGCAGGCCAACUGGUGGAUACACCUGCUGGCAAAUAGAUAAGACGCACGGUCUCAUUUAUCACAUUUCAUUGCAUGACCAAUCACACAGUAAUGACAACUUUUUUCCCCGUUAGAUUAGUUAACAAGAUGACGUAGAAAGUACACCGCUGAUUGCUACACAUUUUUUUAGAGGGAGCUUCAGGUAUGAAUGAAGAUCCAUGGCAACGGUGUCCAAAGUGCGGCCCGCAGCUCAAUUUUUAUUGGCCCGCGAUUAGAGAUGUCCGAUAAUGGCUUUUUUGCCGAUAUUCCGAUAUUGUCCAACUCUUAAUUACCGAUUCCGAUAUCAACCGAUACCGAUAUAUACAGUCGUGGAAUUAACACAUUAUUAUUAGGGAUGUCCGACAAUAGCUUUUUGCGGAUAUCCGAUAUUCCGAUAUUGUCCAACUCUUUAAUUACCGAUACCGAUAUCAACAGAUACUGAUAUACACAGUCGUGGAAUUAACACAUUAUUAUGCCUAAUUUGGACAAGCAGGUAUGGUGAAGAUAAGAUCCUUUUUUUUUUUUAAUUCAUAAAAUAAAAUAAGAUGAAUAAAUUAAAAACAUUUUCUUGAAUAAAAAAGAAAGUAAAACAAUAUAAAAACAGUUUCAUAGAGGCUAUUAAUUAAUGAAAAUGAGUAAAAUUAACUGUUAAAGGUUAGUACUAUUAGUGGACCAAUCAUGUGUGCUUACGGACUGUAUCCCUUGCAGACUGUAUUGAUAUAUAUUGAUAUAUAAUGUAGGAACCAGAAUAUUAAUAACAGAAAGAAACAACCCUUUUGUGUGAAUGAGUGUAAAUGGGGGGGGAGUUUUUUUGGGUUGGUGCACUAAUUGUAAGUGUAUCUUGUGUUUUUUAUGUUGAUUUAAUAAAAAAAAAUAAAAUAAAAAAAUAAAAAAUGAUACCGAUAAUAAAAAAAAACCGAUACCGAUAUUUUCCGAUAUUACAUUUUAAACAUUUAUCGCCCGAUAUUAUCGGACAUCUCUAAUUAUUAUGCCUAAUUUUGUUGUGAUGCCCCGCUGGAUGCAUUACACUGACCACGCUUUUUGUUUGUACCCCUUUUAUAGUCAAGAUUAAAUCAUGUUUUUACCUGCACGCCUUGUCCAGAGUAGUCCGAUUGCAUCCCGGGAAAACAAUACGAGCAGUAAGCUACGAAAAACUCCCCGUCUUGACAAUAACCACAUAUAAAUAUAUAUACACUAUAACCACAUAUAAAUAUAUAUACACUUUAACCACAUCUAAAUAUAUAUACACUAUUACCACA